AUGGGUCUUUCAAUCUCUAAACUCCUUCAGGGACUUUUUGGCAAGAAGGAAAUGCGCAUUCUGAUGGUCGGUUUGGACGCUGCUGGUAAAACAACCAUCUUGUACAAACUUAAAUUGGGUGAAAUUGUUACAACCAUUCCCACUAUCGGCUUCAAUGUUGAAACUGUAGAAUAUAAAAAUAUUUCCUUUACCGUUUGGGACGUUGGUGGUCAAGACAAGAUCCGACCGUUAUGGCGUCAUUACUUCCAAAAUACUCAGGGCAUUAUUUUCGUUGUUGAUUCAAAUGAUCGUGAACGUAUUUCAGAGGCUCGAGAGGAACUUCAACGCAUGUUAAACGAAGACGAACUUCGUGAUGCGCUUCUUUUAGUGUUUGCUAACAAACAAGAUUUGCCUAAUGCUAUGAAUGCAGCUGAAAUUACCGAUAAGCUUGGACUUCAUUCUCUCCGACAGCGUCAUUGGUAUAUCCAAGCCACCUGUGCUACGAGUGGUGAUGGUCUUUAUGAGGGUUUGGAAUGGUUAAGUACCAAUUUGAAGCGAAAGGUCUAA